UCGAAGUGACAGACGGUUUGUCUCCAUCAGGAUCGAACUCAGGAUGAAUAUCCACCACGUUCUGUUCUUCUGCUUCAUCUCAGCUCUGUGUGGAGACACCGGGCUCGUCAGCGCAAGACUCCACAUUUUUACAGGAGCUGAGGGAGGAAGGGGUUCAAUUUCAUGCUACCUGCAUCACCCUAAUACCACGAAGUACUUCUGUAAAGAAGAAUGUGAAGGAGAUGGUAUCCUCAUUAAAACAGAGGAUAUCAGGGCUCAGAAUGGCAGAUUCAGCACUGAAUAUAGAAGAGAAUCUUCUGGAAUAGGAGUUCUGACUGUGACCAUCACAAACCUGACCAUGUCUGACGCAGGACGGUACAGGUGUGGUUUUGGAACAGAUCUGGCUCCAGACUCAUACGCAGACUUUGUGAUCAGAGUUUCAGAUGAACUGCAAUUUGGAAACACUCAUUUUUACCGUACAGAUAUUGAGGGAGAGACUAUCAUAUUAGGAUGCCCUCAUACUCUCUACAGUAAAGAGAAGUUUCUGUGUAAAGGUGAAUGUAGAACAGUAGAGGACGUUCUCAUUGAGACUGAUGGCAACAGAGCUCAGAGUGGCAGAUACCACAUUAUAUACUUAGACGGAUCUAUAUUUGGACUGUAUGUGAUCAUCACAAAUGUGAGCAAGUCGGACACCGGGUGGUACAAGUGUGGCUACGGCAAAGCUGUGUCUCCACAUUCAUCCAACGCGUUCACGGUCCUCGUCAUUGGUGACCCGUCAGCCUCCAGCACAACACCAUCAACUCUCCCUGUAACCACCAGCCAGACAACAGCACAGAGUGACACACCUCAGUCAGUGUUCGCUGAAACCACCAACCAGCGAACAGUGCUCCUCGUUCCUCUGAUUAUCUUUGUAGUCAUUGUCAUCGUGCUCUCGGCUGCUGUUCUGCUGCUCAUCUACAAACUGAGGAGGAACAGGAGCGUAAACAUCAUGAAACUGGAGAGUGUCGUCCAUGAGAACCGUCCUCCAGGAUCCGCAGGCGUGAAAACCAUCCACGAGAACGUCAUUCCAGGCCGCAAGGAUCAGCAGCACAACGUCUAUACUUAACAUGUAUGAGCAGAUCUGAAAUCAGACCUGGAUUCUGUCACGCUGGACCAAAGCUUAAGAGUUUUGCAUUGCAGCUUAUGAUGUGCUGGCAGGGUUUCAUUUUAUUGCUUUUUUUAUUGGAUAAUAAUCUGAGUUUUUUAAGAAAGGCUUCACAGGCUGUUCUUCAUCUCCUCACCUGAAUAUGCACGUCAUAAUUCAGGCCAGGCUUUCAUUUUGUAAUGACAGAGAAACCAGAUAACUGAUUGCUAUGUUGAAUUUAUUUGUCACUCUUCAUUUAGAUUAUGUUAUGUUCAGUUUUUACAAACAUUUUAUUGAGUUAUGUCAAACUGGUGAAACAGCUCCCGUCUAGAUCUGAUGGGUGGAAAACGUCAGUCUGUGUGCUGAAAGAUGCUCCUGUACUUUUACAGUAAGAAGGGACAGAAACACAUAUUUUCACUCUCACCAGUAGAGUUAUUUAUCCAUCUAGAAUAUUACUGUGUGUGGUCGUGGAAAUGUAACUACGUGGUAUUCACCUUGUGGAGGUAAUCUGAAAUCACCAAUACAACAUCCCUUACUAAUAAUAAUCCACAGACUUUGUUCUGAGCAGUUUAAUGUAGGAACUACUUACUUACCGUCUUCAGAAGGAAGUUGAGUUGAUGCCUGUUUCCUUCUGCACAGCGGCUGGUGGAUGUAGUUCAGUUGAAAGAAAAGUAGUUCCCACUGCUCACAGUAAAGUUCAUGGAUUGUUUCCAGGUACUCGGUCAUGAUUUGGGCUUCUGAGUUUUUCACAUGUAUUUUCUAUUUUUAUUUUGGCGCUUUCUGCACCACAAGUUGGGUGAUAUCCGAGAUCUCUGCAGCUGAUUUCACCAAACCUCUGCAACUCAGACCAAACUAAUUAUCUAGAUAGCAAUAGCAAUGUAUUUUGGGGAAAGACUGAAGAAUAUAACAGCAGGUCAUUCAGGUGAAAUGACAGAGAUGGUAAGUUUCUCUAGAAUCACUGAUAUAUGGCCGUGCCUUCUGGAGUGACCGUGUUUUCUUUCACUGACCCUGUUUACUGUGUGAGAUGCUCUGCUAGUUGCUUGUUGUAGUUUGGAAGUUUUUGCUUAAAUAAAUCACUAUUCAUGAAA